UCCAGCUGGACGGCUGACCGCCGUGAGAAGGGAGAGCGGUGCGCUGCCAGAGCGCGGGUGGACCCGCCCCGGAAGGAGGGGGAGCACUGUGCAGCCUGAAGCCUUAACCUGGACCCUGGCCGUCGCUCGGACGUCCAUUUCCCCGUGCUUUCUUCGGCGUCGUGCGUGGCUUUUUCGCCAGAUGAUCCAGGAUGCUCCUCGAUGGUCCUCGCCGAAAGAAAAAUGCACACGUCCGAGCGAUGCCAAGCAACCUGGACCUGCUCCGGCGCCCAGCGCAUCGCGCGCGACGCGCCCGCCCCGUUCCGGAUGACCAGCGGCCGCCUCCCGGACAGGAAGUGCCUGCGGAGGGCCCCCUCGUCGAGGGCCGCGCCGUCCACCUCGUCAACGCGCCACGGGCUCUCUUCCGCGACGAACCUCGGCAGGGAGGCCUCCGCCCAUGAGCUGCUGCUUGAGAGGCAGAAGAAACGGCAGUUGCAUGAAGAUCGACGACAGAAUGCCUUUCCCCCAGACUGGACUUGCGCGUCCAAUCCACGACAAGUACGCAGAGAGCUCGUGCGCACAAAUAUCCUCGCUUCGCGCGGAUUUCUUGCAUCGGCGCUGGGCGCCCCUCCCAGAACGCAAGGGCGCGCCAGGGCGGCGCCCUGGAGGCCCCGCGUCGAGAUCCGCGAAGUCCGCGCGGGGCUCCGGAAAGUUUAUAUCCAAAUGCCGUUGUUUCUUCCUCGUGCUGUGCCGCCUGGCGCCACCGCCGGCCCCAGCCUGGGGAACCGAGAAGUACAGGUACUGCUACUCCCUGGACCUCUCCCGGGGUGGUGCAAGCAACACUCCGGGGGGGGACCGAAAAUUAUUAGAAACCUCGGUCUCGAUUUUUCGAGACGCCGAAUGACCGCCACCAGAGGAGGAGGAGGAGGAGGAGGAGGAGGAGGAGGAGGA